AUGCAGCGCGCCCUCGCCAUCAGGCGCGCUGCGCUGGCAACGAGAGGCUUCGCCACUGAAGCAGAAACGAGCCCCAGCGUGAUCAAAGUGGUGCGGGACCUCCAGAGAAUGCACCUGGAGAGCCUGGACCGCAUGCGCGCUGAGAACGAAGCCUUUCGGCACGAGAUCAAGGGCAUGUUCGACAAGCUGAGCGGCGAGGUUCACGAAGUAAGGGAGCAGCAGAUGCUGCUGAACUCCUUCGUCUGCUGGUCGGUGCCGGUUGCGGGCGUCGCAGCAGCGGGCCUGGCGUACUUCCUGUAG